AUGGACAGCAUCGAGGAUCCAGAAGCAAGUUUAUACAGGGCUCUUUCAUCAAGCUCAUCAAGCACCGGUCAUAGGAGGAGAUUGACCGGCAGUAUCGAAAGCGCUUCAAACCCCUAUUACGGCUUCAAAUCUCGUCAAAUAUUGUCAAUAUCGUCAAAUUUCAGCAAAAGUCGCGUUCAUCCACAUUCAAGAGAGUCGCCAACAUUUUUGCAGGGAGCUACCAGGAGUGAUCAACUUUGGGCCCAACCAAGAUCGACAAAGCAUUGGGUGGAACAGUGGAAAGUCAAGACAGCAGCGGAAGUUAUGCAACAUGGCAUUGAACCUUCAACACCGGAUGCAUCCAUCUUUGUCACGGAAGGAUGCGGAAUGCUGAGACGAUGCGAGGGCAGGCGGCAUACAAGUAUGGGACAAAUGGGUUGGUGUUUGACGGAGCGUUGUCCUGACGUAUGGGUCACAAAUGUCGUGGUCACUUGGAUGAUCGAAGCGGAUCGAGCACUCAUGUCUACCGACCGCGACCUCGCCAAGCAGGCUGCCGUUUCAAGGAUCCUACAGAGACUGCAGCAAGGUAUGCUGUCACCCGUGCCGCAUUCAAUUCGUACCGUACCAUCAUCAUCCUCUACACCACCGCAAUCUGCAGCGCCAGAUCUAUCAUCUUCAGUCUCUGUACGAACAAGACCAAUUCCUAUUGAAGCGAGAGUAUCGAGAUGCAUGUUACCUAACAUAAGGGAGCGACAAUUCGGAAACAUGUUAUUAAGAAGCAAAUGUGGAACAAUGUCAAGGUUGUCGACGAAUUGA